AUGAUCUGCGUCGGCCUAUCCGAUAUCUUAUAUUCCGGUGGAACUUGCGGCGAAAAUUCGUGUAUCGUGUGCGCGCUGUUACCGUUGCUGUACGCGCCCGCCGUCACGUUGCACUCUACGCGGAUGAUGUUCACGGUCAUUAUGUUGACCAACACGUCCGACUGGUACCAUUUGCGCGGUUCCAAUACACGAUUUGAGAAUCCCAGCAGCGACCCGAUGCUGUUUGGUUUGUCAAAUUUGCGCGGAGCGCUAUCGGGUACUCCGCAUCCACGUCGUCGUCGUCGUCGUCUCCACGCACCGCGCCAUCGAGCGAGUCGGGCAGCGGACGUAACACCCGCUAUCGCCGAAAAACUCUUGGGUACGGUGUACAGCGCGAUAAAGAUCGCCGGUCCCGCAAAAUUCAAAGUGGGCGACGCAGUACGCGUGAGCAAGUACAAGACGAUCUUUGAGAAGGGUUACACGCCGAAUUGGACCACGGAGGCGUUUUGA